UGGCUGUAAUCAAGUGAAAAACAAUACGUCUACAUCAAAGCAAUCAGCAGUGUUAACUACCGUGAAAAGGACCUUCAUUCAGGACGUAUGACUAAAGCAGACUCUGAUUUUCUAGGGCAUAACAAAUUGGUCAGAAGGUAGUGGCAAAGCAAGACCCUGACAUGGAGGUUGAAAGGCAAGAACUCACCUCAGAGGACUCCAUUAGCAAGACUGACCAUAAAGAUACAAAUGAGAAGAACCAGGUUCACAGCUGUGAGCUGUGUGGCAGGUCAUUCUCUUUUCUAAGCUCCUUGUCCCAGCACAUGCGGAAGCAUACCGGGGAGAAGCCGUAUAAAUGUCCCUACUGCCAGCAUCGAUCAGCCCAGAAAGGCAGUCUAAAGGCGCACAUUCGCAGCCACAAGAUUACCAGUACCAAUCAGAGCCCUGGGAAUGAUGAAGAAGUGAGGGAAGACGAAGCAGGCAAAGAAGGAGGAGUGCCCGAGGAGCAGGGUGGUUGUUCAAGCCCAACAGAAAGUACCUCAGCCUGUAAUAAAAUGGUCAAUAGUCAAAAUGCCACUAAAGCCAGAAAGAAAGGGGCUAAAAAAGAAAGGACCAGUAGUGAGGGAGGCAAACAGUGUUCACUGUGUAGGAAGAGGCUACGAAGUCAGGCUGACCUAAAACAGCAUAUGCAAGACUUUCAUGACACCGUACAGGAGAAUCAUUUGCAGGCAGAAACACAGAAGACACAUUCCACUGAAGAUAAAUCCAUUGAGGAAGCUCCCAGUAUGGAGGAUGCAGAGAAAGAGAAUGAACUUGGUAAAGGGGAAUUUCCUUGUGACCAGUGUGACCAAGUUUUUACUCAAGCCUGGUUCCUCAAAACUCACAUGAAGAAACACCAGAACACUCUAGACCAUGGCUGUCGCAUCUGUGGCAGGCGAUUCCGUGAGUCUUGGUUCUUGCGCACCCACAUGAAGACCCACAGCACGAAGACCAAGUCAAAAAGUGAAUCUGAACCUCCAGCUACUGUUAAUGAGGUGGCACAGGUCGAAGCUUCAUUGAUGAAUGAUGUAUGCAUAUAUGAACUAUGUGCCAAGUGUGGCAACUUUUUUCAUGACCGUAAAAGCCUGCAACUACAUGAGCAAAUCCACAAGAACACAGAGCACGCUGCAAAAAUUGUUAAUCAUUCACCACCUGUGACCAAAAGACACUUUCUGGAGUGUCUACAACUGAGAGUGGUAGGUGAGACAGAGAAGGAAAGGCUUGGGAAGAGAAUCCCUGAGUUGGACCCUGUCAGUAGUUACCAGGCCUGGCAGCUGGCCACCAGGGGCAGAGUAGUAGAGGCUUCUGAGAAAGGUCUGGGCUGGGAGGAACGGCUAGCAGAUGCAGAAGUAGCCUUUGUCAAAGAAAAGGGUGAAUAUGUCCAAGCAAAACAGGAAAAGCGGAAAAAAGAAGUGGACGCUUCCAUCAGUAACUCUAACAAGAAGAGGCGAGGAACAGUAACUCAAGACCCAGGCAACUCCACCAACACAACAGACCACCAGAUUAAUGGAAGCCAAUCAUCAGUGGUUGAUGGAAAUGUGGAAAGUUCGAGCGACUCUGAAUAUCGUCCCUCAUCCCGCCAUGGCCGAAGGAAUUCCCAGAAUAAGACUUCUGAGUGCUUGGAGUGUGGAAAAGGAUUCAAAACUCAGCAGCAGAUGGUGAUACACAUGCUUAUAAGACACGGCAGCAUGAGCGAAGGUGUUAAUGGGGUUUCACUGCAAGAUCUAUUUCCUAAGACAAAGUCCAGCCCGUCUAAGUCUGUGGACUCUUCAGCAGACUCCAAGAAACAAAAUCAGAAAAUACAUCCUGAAAAUACAGAUCAAAAGCCAUACACUUGCGAACACUGUGACUUCAAAACUGCUGAUUCUUCAGCCAUGGUAAACCACAUGCACCAGAUCCAUGAGGCCUUAAUCAGCCAAAGUCAGACAACUUCUAUCGGUCAAGGUGGCUUUCCCAGACUGAGGAACGCACUGCUACAGCAGCCAUGUCGGUCCCUGGAGAAGGCAGCACUAAGCAACACGGGUUCUCUCUCCAGUACAGAGGAGAAGAGCAAAGGCCAUGGAGAAGCCAGCUCUGACAAAGUGGAUGCUACUUUAUUAAAUCUUUCUGUGGAAGCAGAUAAUGUAAAAGAAGAAGCUCUGGCCUCUGGUCUGUUGAGGCACCAGUGUCCAUACUGUGCCCAUGCUACAUUGUACCCAGAAGUUCUCUGGAUUCACCAAAGAAUUGCACAUAAAAUCAACAGCAGCACACUGGUUCCCAAGUGGGCACUCAAAAAUGGCAUGAAAGGACCUAAGUCAAUCCUCGAUUUCAAGAGACGCACUGGGCCACCUCCAUUUCUGGAAGGGAAGGACUGUCCAGCACUGCCCCAGACCCACAUUGUACGCACAAGACCUCCUGAAUCCACCCCUGCUGGAACUAACAAGGACAAGUCACAUAACAGAUCUGAAUGCUCACAAAGCAAGGGGCACACUACAGGACUGUCACAUUUGAAUAAACAAAAGGCAAGCACGUCUCGGAUAGAUGAAGUCACAAGCACCAAGGGCAAAAUGGACACCCACAGAUUCAUUGCUUCAUCAAGUAAAGCAAAACCAACACCAAGUCCCCAAAAGAACAGUGAAAGUAGAGUCAUGGAAAGUAGUCUGUUGCCCCAAGAAGGGCUUCACUUCAUGCUCACCAGCAAGCACAAUGCCUCAGAGCAGAAGCAGAAAAGUCCCAAACAUCAUACCCCACAGACCUCCAGCCAAUCUGAAACUCUAGUCCAGAACUCUGAGAGCUCCCCUGGAUUUGACCCCUGGAGUAGAUUCAGCCAGGGUGCAUCAUUUUCCCAAUCCCAACACAAAAAGCAGCACACCCCAGACCAUCCAGCAGCUUUUUCAGAUAUCUACAGUUUCCUGAAGAACUGUAGUCAACAUGAUUUGGCUGCAAUUUACCGUCUUUGGGACUUCAAUAAUGGAAUGAUGGAGCAAGGAGGGAUGACGAGACCAGCCCACCAAGAGGGAGAUUACAUCUGUUCAGUCUGCGGAAAAGGCUUUAACCAACCCAGCCAUUACCGCACACACAUGAGAUCCCAUACAGGUGAGAGACCAUUCCAGUGUCAGUACUGUCCCUACAGCGCCGCCCAGAAAGGAAACUUGAAAACUCAUGUCCAGACUGUACACCGACUCACCUUCGACAAUGCGCAGUACUCAGACGGAAGGCAGCACCAGGCCCCAUCUGAAGAACCCACUCAACCUUCUAGUCCAGGAACAUCCCACAGAUUCAGAACAUCCUGAGAAAAAAAGCACAGAGGGAACUUCUGCUACACGGGUUUACUUGUCUUUCCAAAGCUCAAUUAUCUCCUCAGAAUUAACAUUUUUGGACCAACCAAGGAGGGCUAUCUUUUAUG